AUGACCUUCGCGUGGAAAGCCGCCGGUUUGACCUACAACCGUUACCUGUCGGUCGCUGCUCAGGCAGUCCGUCGUUCUCUCAAGCCGGAGAUCCGUGUCAAGGUCGAGGCUCAGACUCCAUCUGAGCUCAAGGUCGCCCCAUGGAAGAACGGAAAGCAAGGCGACGCUGUUGACCUUGGCUCUCAGUUGAACCAGAGCGCUAACCAGGCCUCCAAAUAA